UUCCACACAGGACCAUUUUGGUCAUUUUGUUUAUAGGUAUUCCCUUGUCUGAGUCGUCUUCUCCAAGGAAACCUAGCUCUUGAACACAUUUUUGAUGUUAAACACAUUCCCAUUCCGACUCCGACCCAGAUGAGUAGCUUCAAAGGAAACAAAAAGACGUGUAUAAUUUCCUAAAUCUAAGCAGGUUUUGAAGUAAUCACAUUCCAACUUUUUCUGCUUCGGGAGUCUUCAAACCUCAGCUUACCGGAGACGGCUAACGGAGGCAAAUGGAAUCAAAUAAGAGUAAAAUACUGAUAAUCGGAGUAACUGGCCGUUUGGGUUUUGAACUAGCAAAGGCCAGUCUCAAUUCCUCUCAUCCCACAUUCGGACUUGUUAGAGAUUCAGCAUUCUCUGACACUCAUAAAUCCCAAAAGAUUCAUACCCUUACCGAAGCGGGCCUCACAGUAAUCAAGGGUUCAUUGCAAGAUGAAGAUAUCCUGCUUGAAGCACUCAAGCAAGUUGAGAUCGUGAUUUGUGCUGUUUCAUCUAAGCAAGUCCACGAACAAAAGAUUCUGAUUUCUGCUAUAAAGCGUGCUGGUUGCAUUAAAAGGUUCCUCCCUUCAGAGUUCGGGGCAGACCCUGACAGAACUCAAGUUUCUGAUUUGGACCACAACUUCUACUCGAGAAAAUCCGAGAUUAGGCGUAUUAUUGAAGCUGAAGGCAUUCCUUACACCUAUGUCUGUUGUAACUUAUUUACAAGUGUUCUCCUACCGUCACUUGCUCAACCAGGUCGGAAAGCCCCUCCGAGAGAUGAAGUAAGCAUAUUCGGUGAUGGAACUGCUAAAGCUGUCUUUAUGAACGAAAAUGAUGUUGCUGCCUUUGUCAUAAAUACAGUGGACGAUGCACGGACUCUGAACAAAGUGAUAUACAUGAGGCCAAAGGGAAAUGUGUAUUCAAUGAAUGAGCUGGUAGGGAUUUGGGAAGGAAAAAUUGAGAAGACGCUAAAAAAGAUUUACAUCACUGAAGAUGAGCUCUUGAAGAAAAUCCGAGAUACCCCAUAUCCUGAGAAUAUGGAGUUGGUUUUCAUAUACUCUGCAUUUGUUAAAGGAGAUCAGACAUACUUCAGCAUCGAGUCUUCUGGUGGUUUGGAAGGGACACAGCUAUAUCCACAAAUAACAUACACCACAGUAAGCGAAUUUCUAGACACCUUGUUGUAAUAUUUGUUGCAUAUUUCUGAACAAACAAAUGUUUUUCUUCCUUUUAUUGAUGCAUUCUAAACGUAGAUAUGCGCUAUAUUAUUGUUUGGUUCAAUUACAUUACGUGCAAUUUUCCAGGCUUUGU